AUGCCCUACUACAAGUUUCAAGUCGCCAAGAACGUCCUGACCGACGCCGACAAAGACCGCAUUUUGUGCAUAUACCUGAGCAGUGAUCCCUCAGCCAUCAAUCGGUCCAAAGCCACAAGAGACUUCGGGGCGCCGUCUGUUGAGGCAUUUCGCAAAGCUAUCUCCCGAAUGCUGAAGCGACUGGAUGAUGCAGGUGGUAAAGACGGGGCCAUGGGCAAGCCAAUGCCUAAGCCCAAGAAUUCGAAGAAGCGACGGAAGUCCCAGCCUGAAGACGACUCCGAUGAGGUAGAGUACACUCCGACCAAGCGUGGCAGGAAAGCAGCAAUCAAGAUCGAGGACCAGAAGUAUGACAGUGCUGGCGAGGAGGAUCACAUCAACUGUGAAUGUGAUAGCCUGUGA